AUGUCGCUCGUCUCGGGGGAGAAGUCGAACUUCCAGUUCAUUCUCCGUCUUCUGAACACCAACGUUCGUGGUCAGGAGAAGGUCAUGUACGCGCUCACCAAGAUUUCUGGUGUUGGUCGUCGUUACUCCAACAUUGUGUGCAAGAAGGCCGAUGUCGACCUGAACAAGCGCGCCGGUGAGCUCACCUCGGAAGAGCUCGAGCGUAUCGUCACCAUCAUCCAGAACCCCACCCAGUACAAGAUUCCCGGCUGGUUCCUCAACCGUCAGCGCGACAUCGUCGACGGCAAGGACAGCCAGAUCCUCGCCAACGGCGUCGCCUCCAAGCUCCGCGACGACCUCGAGCGCCUCAAGAAGAUCCGCGCCCACCGCGGUCUCCGUCACUACUGGGGCCUCCGCGUCCGCGGUCAGCACACCAAGACCACCGGCCGCCGCGGCCGCACGGUCGGUGUCUCCAAGAAGAAGGGUGGUUAA